CCCGUGUGGGUUCCAGCAGGUUAGGUUGUAUCGAGUUUGUGUGACCCGCUCCACUCGCCACACGUGUUUCGAGGCCUACGCAUGUCACAGUCUCUUUACAUACUGCUCACACGUAUGAAAUAGGCAUGACCUGCAGCCGGCCGUUUGUCGGUGGAAGUAUUAUUACGACAUUGGCUCCCUGCAUGUUUCCUUAGUGACGUCGCCUCUGUGAUGUGCAUUGUCUUCUAAGGAGUGCGCUCCCCUUCUGGUCACUCUCCCGGAUCUCUCAGGAUGGCACAGUCUGACAUCUCCUGCCAGCGGGUUCUUCUUGGCUUCCGAGAUGCGCCUAUCGCAAAUAAUGUUUGUUCGUGGGACGUCAGUAAAAUAGGUGGCGUGCCGGACGUUCCUCCACAAGUGUCACUGGAUGUGCCAUCAUGCCCUCUUUGCUCCAGACCUCUGUGUCACGUCACCCAGGUCUAUUGUCCUCUAGAAGGAUCGGCCUUUCAUCGAGUCGUUCACGUUUUUGCGUGUGUCGGGAAGCAAUGCUGGGGGAAACAGGAGAGUUGGGUGGCAUUAAGAUCUCAGAGUCUUCAGGAGCACGAACCACCACAUGUUAAAGAAACGUUGUCGCAGCAGCAGGAGAACGUGGCAGCCACAGACUGGUGUGAGGAUGCCGAUGACUGGGGUGCAGAUGAUGACUCUGUAGGCCAGACUUCAGCGGUUGUAUCGCUCCCCAGCAGUUGCCCAGCGGAGCCUGUCAAUACGGAUUGCACAUUGUCACUCAGGGACCUGUCCCUUUCCGAUAGGUCUCCCAAUGAACAUUCUUUGGAUUCUGCGUUUUGUUCUUAUUACAUCUCAGUAGCAGAUGAAGAGGAAUGUGGUUCUAGUUCUGAUCUGGAUCACGCUCAGAGGCUCCUUCGGGAAUACGAGAAACGAGAAGGUUUACUUUUAGAAGAUCAGGGAAGCAACUGUACAGGAAAAGGAGAAAUGGAAAAAUACGAGAAACAUAACUUGCGGAGUCAUGACAUUGUGUUCUAUAAGUUCAUGAAGAAGAUUUCUCAUUGCAGUCAGCAAAUUCUCAGAUAUUCGUGGAGCGGGAUGCCUUUAUACAUGAGCCCUAUAGAAGUGGGCUUUCACCCCCCACCCUGUAUACAAUGCGGGGGGUGCAGAGUGUUUGAGUUCCAGCUGAUGCCAGCCCUGGUCAGCAUGCUGCGGAGCACAGAAACAGAUCUGCUCCUGGAGUUUGGAACGGUCCUGGUCUUCACCUGUGCGAGGAGCUGUUGGGCCGCAGGUGACAGGAAGUCAGUGCAAGAAUUCUGUUUUGUUCAAGAGGAUCCUGACCAGCAGUACUUUAAGUAGAGCUGAAACACGUCAUAUACGACCAAUUAGAAUGACUGACGGUCUUUAAACCGAAAAGAA